GCUGUGCUCCGCGCUCUGGAAUCCUCAGGCAUCAGGCACUCGAAAUGGAGGGAAGCACUCUAGGAAGAACGCUCCACUUUUAAUCGAACCCGUCAGCUUUAAAAUAACAUUUGGAGUAAGUAGAAAACUAAAAAACAAACAAACAAACAAAACUCAGGGUUUCGUUUCCGGUGCGCUCGUUACCGGGCAACCGGGACGCGCGUCCUCCGGCCCAUGAUGGCGGGUCCUGGCGGUGGGCAGAUCCCGGAUGGCGAGUUCACCGCGGUCGUGUACCGCCUCAUCCGGGACUCCCGGCACGCCGAGGCGGUGCAGCUGCUGAGCGGGGAGCUCCAGCGUAGCCCCAGCAGUCGCGCCGGCCUCUCGCUGCUGGGCUAUUGCUACUACCGCCUGCAGGAGUUCGCGCUAGCGGCCGAGUGCUAUGAGCAACUGGGGCACCUGCACCCAGAGCUGGAGCAGUACCGCCUGUACCAAGCCCAGGCGCUGUACAAGGCCUGCCUGUACCCCGAGGCCACGCGCGUCGCCUUCCUGCUCCUGGACAACCCCGUCUAUCAUAACCAAGCCCUGCGUCUGCAAGCCGCCAUCAAGUACAGCGAGGGCGACCUGCCAGGGGCCAGGAGUCUGGUGGAGCAGCUGCUGAGUGGGGAAGGGGGAGAGGAGAGUGCGAGGGAGAACGAGGCCGAUGGCCAGGUCAACCUGGGCUGCUUGCUCUACAAGGAGGGGCAGUAUGAGGCUGCGAGUUCCAAGUUUACUGCAGCCCUGCAGGCCUCAGGCUAUCAGCCUGACCUCUCCUACAACCUGGCUUUGACCUGUUACAGCAGCCGCCUGUAUGCCCCAGCCUUGAAGCACAUAGCUGACAUCAUUGAACGCGGUAUCCGCCAGCACCCAGAACUCGGUGUGGGCAUGACCACAGAGGGCAUUGACGUUCGCAGUGUGGGCAACACCCUAGUUCUUCACCAGACAGCUCUGGUGGAAGCCUUCAACCUCAAGGCAGCCAUUGAAUACCAAUUGAAAAACUUUGAGGCCGCCCAGGAAGCUCUCACAGACAUGCCACCUCGGGCAGAAGAAGAAUUGGAUCCGGUGACCCUGCAUAACCAGGCCCUCAUGAACAUGGAUGCUAGGCCUACAGAAGGGUUUGAAAAGCUACAGUUCCUGCUCCAGCAGAACCCCUUCCCCCCAGAGACCUUCGGCAACCUUUUGCUGCUCUACUGUAAGUAUGAGUAUUUUGACCUAGCCGCCGAUGUCCUGGCAGAAAAUGCCCAUUUGACUUAUAAGUUCCUCACACCAUAUCUCUACGACUUCUUGGAUGCCAUGAUCACUUGCCAGACAGCUCCUGAAGAGGCUUUUGUUAAGCUUGAUGGGCUGGCAGGGAUGCUGACUGAACAGCUUCGGGCACUCACCAUACAAGUACAGGAAGCAAGACACAAUAGAGAUGAUGAAGCUGUCAAGAAGGCUGUGAAUGAAUAUGAUGAGGUUCUUGAGAAGUAUAUUCCCGUGUUAAUGGCCCAAGCCAAAAUCUACUGGAACUUAGAAAAUUACUCAAUGGUGGAAAAGAUCUUCCGCAAAUCCGUAGAAUUCUGUAACGACCACGAUGUGUGGAAGUUGAAUGUGGCUCAUGUUCUGUUCAUGCAGGAGAACAAAUACAAAGAAGCGAUUGGUUUUUAUGAGCCCAUAGUCAAGAAGCAUUAUGAUAACAUCCUGAAUGUCAGUGCUAUUGUGCUGGCUAACCUCUGUGUUUCUUACAUUAUGACAAGUCAAAAUGAAGAAGCCGAGGAGCUGAUGAGAAAGAUUGAAAAGGAGGAAGAGCAGCUCUCCUAUGAUGAUCCUGAUAAAAAGAUCUACCACCUCUGCAUUGUGAAUCUGGUGAUCGGGACACUUUAUUGUGCCAAAGGGAAUUACGACUUUGGUAUUUCUCGGGUCAUCAAGAGCUUAGAACCUUAUAAUAAAAAAUUGGGAACUGAUACCUGGUAUUAUGCUAAAAGAUGUUUCCUGUCCUUACUAGAAAAUAUGUCAAAACAUACAAUCAUGCUCCGUGACAGUGUCAUUCAAGAAUGCAUUCAAUUUCUUGAACACUGUGAACUCUAUGGUAGAAACAUACCUGCCAUUAUUGAACAACCUCUGGAAGAAGAAAGAAUGCAUAUUGGAAAGAAUACAGUCACAUAUGAGUCCAGACAGUUAAGAGCCUUGAUUUAUGAAAUUAUAGGGUGGAAUACAUAGUAUAUUUGACAAUGUUUUUUAUGGUGGCUUUAUAGUUAUAUUUGUACUGCU